AUGUUCUCAACCCGUUCCUUGACGCGUUCGCUGCGCCCUCUCGUCUCAGUGCGCUUGUUUUCUACGACCCAUCCAUGCCUUGGACGGGCAGUGGUCUACACAGAGAAUGGUGACCCCACUUCUGUCCUGCAAAUCCUGAGCUACCCACCGAUCCCCGCAACGCCACCCCCCAACUCGCUCAACAUCAAAUACCUCCUCUCACCUAUCAAUCCUGCCGAUAUCAAUGUUAUCGAAGGCGUCUACCCUUCCAAACCAACACGCACUGACUCGCUGGGUAACAGUUCUGGACUCGGCAGCGAAGGCCACCCAGUGUUCAUUGGAGGAAAUGAAGGGUUAGCAGAGGUCACUGCGGUUGGGCAAGGUGCCGAUGGGAUGUACAAGGUUGGGGAUUGGGUGGUGGUUACGAAGCAACAGUCGGGGACGUGGAUGAGUGAAAGGAACAUCCCUGCGCCUGAUGUAGCGAGGGUGCCAGGUGGUAGGGCUGCGUUGACGGAGGCCGCUGGGGCUACCCUCACUGUCAACCCUCCAACAGCCUACAAUAUGUUGCACGACUUUGUGAAGCUGGAGGCCGGAGACUGGGUCAUCCAGAACGGGGCCAACAGCGCGGUGGGCCAAGCUGUAAUCCAAAUCGCUGCUGCAGAAGGGUACAAGACGAUAAAUCUCGUUCGAAACAGGGACAAUAUCGACCGACUCAAAGACCAGUUGACCAAGCUUGGCGCAACACAUGUCCUCACAUACGACGACCUCACAGACAAAUCCACGCGAGACAAGAUCAAACAAUGGACUGGUGGUAAACCCAUCCGCCUAGGGUUGAACUGCGUAGGUGGUAAAGAAACCACACUCAUGGCACGCUACCUUGGACAGGAUGCCCAUCUCGUCUCCUACGGUGCGAUGUCCAAACAGCCUCUCUCGCUCCCCACUUCCCUCUUCAUCUUCAAAAACCUAACGGCCAACGGCUUCUGGCAAAGCCAAUGGUACAAGACGCGCCCUUCCCAGGAACGAGACAAGUUGAUGCAGAAGUUGGUCGGAUACAUCAAUGCUGGAAAGCUCCAAACGCCCGACCACGAAAUCCUCCAUAUCACGGGCAACUUGUCGGAUGAAGAGGCGACCUCGGCAGUGCGGGAGGCAUUCAAGAAGUUGUCCGAGGGGAGGUACGGGAAGAAGAUCCUGCUCAAAGUCGAUUAGACUACAUACCGGGUGUCGGAAAGCAAGGGGCCCAUAAGAUAUGCAAUUAC